AUAACAUCGAAACGUCAGUGUCAAAUGUCAAAGUGUAAUCUCAAAAUAAAAAAAUAAACACGUAAUAAUAGUGCCAUUGUUCAAAAAUAUAUUUAUUUGAACCCUUCGGGGUUUAACGUUAUUACUAUAAUCACAAAAUGUCUCUAAGAGCCUUGGGCAGUCGGUUGUUAAAACAUGGUACAGCAUUUAUACGUCACACUAGAAACCAGAGAGAAUUUAAUUCCAAAACUAUUGCCGACAAAAUUAAUGCUAGAGCUAGUGCUACUCCGCAAAACUUAUCCAGCAAUCAAAUAGUACCCAGAACUCAUGCACUUAGAAAUUUCGGAGCUCAAAUUGGUUUACAGGCUCGAAGAAUAUUGAUUGAUAAUGUGCUUAAUAGAGUUACUAAUAGUUUGGCUGCUGAUUUGAGGAAAAGGGCUGCCAGAAGGAUAUUGUAUGGCGAUUCAGGACCAUUUUUCGCCUUGGUUGGUGUAAGUUUGGCUUCAGGAACGGGUAUUUUAACUAAGGAAGAAGAACUUGAAGGAGUAUGUUGGGAAAUACGGGAAGCAAUUUCCAAGAUCAAAUGGCACUAUCAUGACGUUGAUAUAGACGAAACACAAUUCGAAAAUUCUCCAAUCAAUUUAAACAAUAUUUCUUUUGGUGAACCUUUAGCAAAAGGAGCUAAUGCUGUGGUCUAUGCAGCGCAGCUUAAAAAUUGCGAUAAAAAAAUUAGCGAUGAAACUUUUGUAAAAUCGGUAACACCAAGUGAAAUAAUUGUUGAAAAUGAUGACGCAAAUAAAUUUCCGUUUGCUUUAAAAAUGAUGUUUAACUACGAUAUUCAGUCCAAUGCCAUGGCGAUAUUAAAUGCGAUGUAUAGAGAGACAGUACCUGCAAGAUUAUACUACACCAAUGUGGGAAUUUCUGAUUGGGAAAUUGAUUUGUCGAAAAGAAAUCGACAUUUACCACCUCAUCCGAACGUUGUUACUAUUUUUUCUGUAUUCACGGAUUAUGUACCUGAAUUACGAGAUGCUCGUGGGCUUUAUCCAGCAGCACUACCAAGAAGAAUUAAUCCUGAUGGAGAAGGAAGAAAUAUGUCGCUAUUUUUGCUUAUGAAAAGAUAUAAUACAAAUUUGGAAACAUAUUUAUCCUCAACUAGUCUUUCAACAAGAUUGUCUGUGUUACUAUUUACGCAACUUUUGGAGGGCAUUGCCCAUAUAAAUGCCCACGGUAUUGCACACAGAGACUUGAAAUCUGAUAAUUUACUGUUAGAUACCACUGAACCUGAAGCACCAGUUUUGGUGAUAAGUGAUUUCGGAUGUUGUUUGGCUGAUAAAGCAAACGGCUUAUUCUUGCCAUACAGCAGUUAUGAUGUUGAUAAAGGAGGUAACGCAGCUUUAAUGGCGCCUGAAAUUAUCUGUCAGGUACCAGGUACUUUCAGCGUCCUUAAUUACACAAAAUCGGAUUUGUGGGCGGCUGGAGCGAUAGGUUAUGAGGUUUUUGGUUGCAAAAAUCCAUUUUACAAAUCGGAUGGUCGAGAAUCGUUAAAAAAUGUCGAUUAUAUUGAAGAUAACUUACCAAGUUUGCCGAAUGACGUGCCUUUGAUUAUGAAAAUGUUAAUCAAAAACCUAUUGCAACGCAAACCUAGCAAGCGUUUACAUCCAGACGUGGCCGCUAACGUUGGUCAAAUAUUCUUGUGGGCACCCAGUUCUUGGUUGAAACUUGAGAAUGCGAAACUACCAACAAGCGCAGAGAUUCUUCAGUGGUUGUUGAGUCUUACAACCAAAAUACUCUGCGAGGGGAGAAUAAAUAACGAGGGUUUUUCUCAGUCUGGACCGUCAGAUUUUGAUAAAUCUCAAUCACCCAAAGGUGGUCGAAGAACUUACCCGGAAUAUUUGCUUAUAUCCAGUUUCUUGGCGAGAGCCAAAUUAUCCAAUAUUAAAGCCGCUCUUAGUUGGAUACACGAUGUUAAUUUUUACGGGGAUUAUUGAGGAUUUAUCUUUAAAUUUACUUAUUUUUAUUCAAUUCUGUCCUUCUAAAUAUGCUAACUUAUUUUUCUUUAUUGUUACCUUUAAUUUUAGUUUAGAAAUAUGUUUUUGUUUAUGCUAAUCAAUGGUCGGUUUUGCUUUAUGAAGACUGUGUUAAACAAUUGUGAUGGAUUUCAUUAUUUUUCGGAUUAAAUAUGAUGUAAUAUCAUUAAAUAAAUAUUUUAGGUGUUAUAUUUUGUGGGGAGUUUUUUACUGCUACAUCCAAGCUCUGUGCACGCUUUAGCGCACGUUUUGGUUCCAUUAUAUAAGACGAAUAAAAAUCAAAUUGCUAAACUGUUGAAAAAUAAUAUUUAAACUGGUACGCUUUAUUAUUCAUAAUUUAAAUAAAAAAAAAUCAUUUAUUAAUUAAUACUAAUGCCGCGUUUGAGAAUCCACACCGGAUGCAUUUUUUACAUCUCGAGCGUUUUUUUAUCCACAUCGGACACAUUUACUACAUCUACAUCUGCGUUUGUUUAUCCCAGAUGUAUCAGAUGUACCUGUUCAGAUUACAUUUUCUACAUCUCGAUUUGAAAUGAGAUGUUCGUUCCAUGCCAGAAAGUAAGUGUUCUGUGAAGCCUUGUUUGUCAAUUUAUUCUUUGUUUAUGCUAGAAUGAAUAUAAAAAUGAUUAGUUUGUUUAAUUUUUGUUUAUAUUUCAAAUUUAGGUUAAUUUGUAGUCUCAAAAGUAAAAUUUAAUAAGUAUAAACUUGUUAUUGACAUUUUAUCACGUGACCAAAUAAAGUCUAGAGCGUUUGUUUAUUACAUCUACAUUCAGAUCUAAUUCUCUAUCACGUGAUAAAAAUUAACAACAUCUCGGAUGCAUCAUAUGUGGUUUCUCAAACGCGGCAUAUAUAGUAUUUAAAAAUUCAACUUAUUGUGCUAGGGAAGGACAAAAUAAUCGAUUAGUAAUUUAUUAAUCGAUUAUUAUAUAUAUUUUUUAAUCGAUUAUUUUCUCUCUGGGGCCCAAUUCUCGAAACAUGCGUUAACUGCCGCAUGCGCUAAGUAACGCAUGGUCGUUAACGCAUACGACAGCAAUUUAGUAUUCCUGAACACCAUGCGAUAAUCGCGAAUCAAGUCGAACGUGUUAACGAAGAGUCUUUGAUUAUUGCAUAGUCUUAACCAAUGAGGAUUGAGAAUACCAAAGAUGGUAUCACUGAAUAUGAGAUAAUUGCAUUGACAUAUAUCAAAAUUGCCAAAAAAAUGCAAAAAUUAUAAAAUUAAAUGGAUUGCAGAUGUCUAAUAAUUUUUGGUUUUUGGAUGUUUUAACUGUGAUUAUUUGUAUUUUGGACUUAAGAAUUGGAGUGGUUUAGAUUUAGAAUAUUAAAAAUGGAACAGCGUUGUUCACGAAUAACGGAAAAACAGCGUGAAACUUUAGUAGAAUUUAUAACAUUGUUUAGUGCCUGUAAAACUCCUAUGAUAAAGCAGGAUUAAUUGACAAUUAUAACAGAGACAACCACAUACAAAAGAAAAUCAAAGUAUGUGGAGACAACCCUCUGAUUAUAACCUUACUUUCACCUUAACGAAUGCGACAAAGUGGUUGUCGAACGGUCAUGAGCGCUCUUUGAAAAUCACCAUUUUUUAGCGCAUGCGUUAAUAAAUUUGACGAAUGCCGCCAGUUCAGGAAUACACUUUGAUCAAGUCGCAUACGUUAUCGCAUGCGAUAAGUUAACGAAGGCGUCAGGAAUUGGGCCCCUGCGCACUUAUGCGCAGUGUUGCCAGUUUGUUACAAUUGUAACAAAUCUAUUACAUUUAUGAAGGGUUUAUUACAUGUCCAAUAAAUCUAUUACAUUUUCACGAGCCUCGAACAAUUGAUGAACUCUUUAUUUUAUGUUCCUAAUAUAUUGUUUAUUAUUUUAUACAACUAAUCCCAUUCCAAACAUGUUUCUUUGAUUAGGCUUAUCCCAAACAUAUUUUCUUGAGCAUGCCCAAAGCUUAAAAAGUUUCUUAUAUCAUUGGAGGCCGAAUUUCUUUUUCCUUCAUUUUCUUAAUAAAAGGUUUGUUUCAACCCCAGUAUAAAACCGUUCUUAAUUUAUCUGCGCAUGAGUAGUACGAAGAAUAGAACAGUUAAAUCGUACUACAUGUACUACUCAUGCGCAGAUAAAUUCAGAACGAGUCUGCUGUUGCUACAAAACUAAAAUAGAUGAUUUCAACGGAAGACAUCUUGAAGUUGCAAGGUCAUUGGAAGAUCUUUGCGCCAUCUAUAAGCUUACAUAACAACUAAUAAAAUAAAAAAGAAAACUGUAAAUUAUUAUUUUGGCAGUGUGUCUAAAGUUACAGCGGCGUUAAGUAUAAUUUUUUUUUCUUGUUUUCUUUAGUUGUAUGGCCUCAGUUAUCACUAUCGCCAUGAUCUGAAAUCUAGAUAUACAUGGCUUGCUAAGCGCGCGCUAGGUCGUUUUAUGUUUUUAAAAAUGUUGACAUGACACAUGACUGGGUGAGAUUACAGAAUAUCUGCAACUUUGCAAAUAUGGCGGACUUACAAAUGCAAGUAUCAAAUUUUCGUAUUCCAAAAAAUAUUUGAAAACUAGCAAAAUUUAUUGUGGUUUAUUGCGAAUUUGCAGAUAUUUUUUGGAAUACGAAAACUUGAUACUUGCAUCUAUAAGCCCGCCUUAUUUGCAGAUCUGCAAAGUUGCCGCCAUAUUUGCAGAUCUGCAAAGUUGCAGACGUUCUGUAAUCUCACCAAGAAAAAUAAGACUCUGGGACCUGGCACUAAGUAGAAAGAGAUAGCGAAAAACUGAGCACAUUCAACUAAUGAAGAAGACGAAGAAAAAAGAAAAAAAAUUAAUACCGAUGCCGUAACCUUAAACAGAUUGCCAAAAUAAUAAUGUACAGUUUUCUUUUUUAUUUUAUUAGUUGUUAUGUAAACUUGUAGAUGGCGAAAAGAUCUUUCAAUGACCUUGCAACUUCAAGAUGUCUUCCGUUGAAAUCAUCUAUUAUAAGAAUGUAGAACAAAAAUAUCCUCGUGCUGCAUUAUGACAAUAAUUGAAAGACUCGUUGUUCUUAUCAGUACAUAGGUUAUUAAAAACAUAAAACAUUAAUUAUCAAUAUCAAUAAAAUGAAUCUAUUUUUUAUGUAUAGUUCAUUUUAGGUUGACUAUAAUAAUUUCUAUUACAUUUUCUUGAAAUUUAUUACAAUUUUGAGAGUUCAUCUAUUACAUUCCUUCAGAGUGCUCUGGCAACACUGCUUAUGCAUCGCGUAAUGGCCGACACCGUAGACAAUUCAAUAUUGUACUGGUUUUGUAGUGGGAAUUUUAAGCAGAUAUUAUUUUUCAACGUGAUUUCUAUUCUAGUGUGCAAAUUGGUGAUUCUUAAGUGAUGGGGUCAAAUUGUUAUAUUUUGAAUUGUUGACUAUGAAUUUAUAGAGGUGGUAAAAUGUUAUAUGAUGAUAAAUCUGCGAA